AUGAAUGAGGCUCAAUAUGACAACCCUGCAGCCCUUGUGGCCGGCACAGUGAUCAUGCAGCUGGUGACCACCGCCUGCAUAGGACUGAGAUUCUACUCCAGAAGAUGGAAACGUCAAAGAAUCAUCACCAGCGACUGGCUUGUCCUCGCCGCUUAUGUCUUUGGCACAGGCUUGAGUGUCAUGAUGCUCUAUGGCAUCUCCCAAAAAGCCAUAGGAUAUCCCCUCGGUGGAACAAUCGAAGACCCGGCUGCGGUCAACAAUAGACUCAACAAGGCCAAACAUAUGGAGCUAUCAUGUCUCCUCCUCGGCAUCGUCGCCCUCGGCUUGAUCAAGCUCUCCAUCGCCUUCCUCUACUGGCACCUUUUCGCAAAAGUUAUGUUCCGCCGGUUUCUCAUAUUCUGGAUGGUUAUCCUGGUCCUCUGGAUCCUCGGCUUCGUACUAGCCGGCCUCCUGGAAUGCGGUACACACCUCACUGCCAUCUUUGGUACUCCACAAGACUAUAUCGACCACUGCGGCGCUGCUAUCCCUGCUGGAUAUGGCAUGAUCGGAUCAGACAUCCUGACUGACGUUAUCACCAUGUUGAUUCCAAUUCCUGUCAUUCUGAAACUGCAGAUGAACAAACGGACGAGAAUACUCACUCUGCUGGUCUUCUCCAUUGGUGUACUGUAA